GUCCCGACUGCCCCAUUUGCCUGCAGAGUUUGGAGGACCAAGGGCGUCACUGCGUGUGUCCCUGCGGCACCUCCUUCCAUGGCACCUGCGUGGCCACCUACGUCACGAGCCAGGCGGAGCAAGGAGGAGUGGUGAAGUGCCCCUCCUGUGCUUCCAUUUGGCCCGAGGAGGUGUACAGUCCCUGCUUGGGGGACCAGCCAGAACUACAGCAACGCUUUGAGCGAGCCAAGAAAUCUCAGGAGGAGCUUUUGAGCAGGAGAGCGGAUGUUCAGGCAGAUGGUACAUCCGAGCUGUCUCCACGCACGAAAGAGGCGCUGGCACGCUUGGGUAUCAGACCAUGCCCUCAAUGCCGUGUGAUGAUCCAGAAGCAGGCCGACGGGCUCUUCACUGGCUGCGACAAGAUGACGUGCCGCUGUGGCUGUAUGUUUUGCUUCCGCUGCGGCUCAGAGGCGCGCGCUGGCGGUGUAGCUCGAUGCCGCUGCGUGGGGCCGCAGCAUUCCUACAUCCCCAGAAGCGCCGUCUUGAGCAACUACGAGGGAGCCUGGGUCUUCCCUUCCGCCCUGGAUGUGGAUUUGACCAAGAGGCCAAAAGGCCGAUCGAAGACCACCAGCGCUCGGCUACAGAGGGAGUCCAAGGCCUUAGCCAAGGACCCACCACCUCUGAUCCGCAUUGCACAUGAAGCGGGGCAGCUGCGCUGGCAUUUCAUCAUGGAAGGCCCUUUGGAGUCCGCCUUUGAGGGUGGCCGCUACUGGGGAAACCUGGAUAUGCCACAGGACUAUCCCUUCCAGCCUCCCUUGGUCCGCUUCCGCACACCAACUGGCCGCUUCAAGGUCGACACCUGGCUUUGCCGCACUCAGCUGGACUAUCAUCCAGAGGGAUGGCAACCUUCAUGGACCUUAAGCGGUUUCUUGCUCGCCUUGCUGGCCUUGCUGUGUGGCCUGGACGAUGGCGUUAUUGAUGCGCUUGGCGGCCGGAGUCAUAGGGCUUAUACCUGGAUUUUACAUAUGCAACAUGCUUGCUGGUUUUAG